GAACAGGAAAGGAAAACUUAACGUCGAAAACCAUAAGGAUACCUAUACUACAAAAAGUGGCAACACGUGUCAUCCGGGUCACGCGGCCCACCCGUGGAUAUACAUGCAUAUAUACACACAAUUAUCUCCAUUACAACCAUAUUCGUCGUCUCGUCGAAACCAAACGCAAUUUUACUUUGGUGUUUUUGAACGUGAUAAACAUCGCCGGAGAGAUGGCUGGAUUAAUGGAUAAAGCGAAGGAAUUCGUGGCUGAGAAGGUGGCAAACAUGGACAAGCCGGAGGCGACGGUGAAGAACGUCGAUCUGAAAGAAGUCAGCUGUCAAUGCAUAACCUACAAGGCCGACGUCAACGUCUCCAAUCCUUACAGCACUUCCAUUCCGAUCUGCCAGAUCUCUUAUACCUUCAAAAGCGCCGACAGGGUGAUCGCUGAAGGUUCGAUCCCAGACCCUGGGUCGCUAAAAGCCAAAGCGGAUACGAUGCUAGACGUUGGGGUGAAGGUGCCACAUAGCGUGUUAAUGAGCUUGAUGAGGGACAUUGGUGCAGAUUGGGACAUAGAUUAUGAACUCAACAUUAUUCUGACAGUUGAUCUUCCGGUCGUCGGUAACCUCAACAUUCCGGUGAACAGUAAGGGUGAGAUCAAGCUUCCUACGCUGUCCAGUUUAAUGGGUGCUGGUGCUACUUCUUAAAAUGAACCAUGGUAAAAUCCAUAUGAUACUUGUAUAUAUGCAAAGGAUGAUAUGUUAAAAUAAUAAUCCUGUUUUGAUGAAACUGUUUAUUGGUUUUGUUUGUAAAGAGGAGUUUUUUAAGGAUAUAUUAAAAUGUAUUUUAGAAUAUUACGAUUUUGUUUCUUUUCUUAUACGCUGGC